GCGGCAGCAGCAGCAGCAGCAGCAUCAGUAUUUUUAGCGCCUCGCUGGCUCGUGUUGCAGUGACGGGGGUCGCCAGAAGCUGCUUUUCUUCACCACCGUGCCGCCACAGUUUGAGCAGGACUCUGCGUGGAGAGGUGCGCGGAGUUGCGGGGUGGUUGACGGUAGAUAACGGAGGAUAACGGACCACCAAACCACCUACACACACAUCGUUAUCAUCACCGUCCCGACUCUCUCUCUCUCUGGUCCGGAGAUGAUGGCCAGCAGCCCCGCAGCAGCAGCAGCAGCAGCGGCAGCAGCAGGUCGAGAUGACCCGGAUGAUGCUUCUUCUUCUCCGCGGGACGAGCCGGAGUCGGAGCCGUCGGGGCCGACACAUCCAGAGCCUGCCUGUUUGGAGGCACAGAAAUGGAUAGAGGCUGUAACGGGGAAGAGCUUUGGAGAAAAGGACUUUCGCAGCGGAUUGGAGAACGGUAUCCUGUUAUGCGAGCUGCUGAGUGCAAUUAAACCAGGGCUGGUCAAGAAGAUCAACAGACUGCCCACCCCCAUCGCUGGGCUGGACAACCUGUCAGUCUUCCUGCGGGGCUGUGAAGAGUUGGGUCUGAAGGGCUCCCAGCUGUUUGACCCCGGGGACUUGCAAGACACUUCCAUACGAGCUAACCUCAAGGACUCUGACUGCAACCGCAAACUGAAAAAUGUGCUGAACACAGUGUUUUGGCUCGGGAAGGCUGCCAGCGGCUGCGCCUCCUACAGCGGCCCGACUCUCAACCUCAAGGAGUUUGAAGGGCUUCUUGCUCAAAUGAGGGUGGAGACUGAGGAAGGAGGCGACAGUUCUCUGAAGCGCAGCGUUAGGGACAGCGGCUAUGACUGCUGGGACUCUGAGAGGAGCGACUCUCUCUCUCCACCACGACACACUCGAGACAACUCCCUCGACAGUCUGGACUCCUUUGGCUCCCGCUCACAGCACAGCCCUUCUCCUGAUGUGGUGAAUAGAGGCAACAGUGAUGGGCGAGGCAGUGACUCGGAGGCCGACGGCAGGAGGCCAGAUGUGCGGAAAGAUGACAUGUUGGCCAGACGGACAGCCAACAGUGACUCCAGAAACUCCAUCCCCUUUAACCAGUUUCUUCCCAACCGAACCAACGCCAGCUCCUACAUCCCGACACCACGCCGAAAACCACAUACAGAGGAAGGAGAGCAGCGGAGUCACCCUCAAGCCACUCCAGAGCAGUCCAAAAGAUCUGGACUGCACCACAAAACUCCCAAGACUGUCACUUGGGCACCUGAGAACAAUGAGGAAAAACUAAAACAGGAAGAGGAGAAUAUGACCCAGGAUGUGUUGGAGCAGAGGAAGCUGAAGAUGUUGCAGAAGGCAGGAAUUAAAGUUCUGCCUGCUGCCGUUCGCUACAACAGCCCUCCCACAAUGGAGGAGCAGGAAGUGAGGUCGCCAUCCCCGAACAUCAUCCUUCGCUGCGAUAAUGAGUUUUUGAGCUCCCAGAAAUCUGCGUGGGAUUCCUCCUCUGAUGUGGAAGAGGAGGCCGAGGUGCGGAAAAUCCCCGAUGUUCAUAAAGACGACCUGGCAUCCAGACGAGCUCAUCGCAGCCCCGUUGCUCCCAGGGUGCAUCAGUUUGUCCCUUCACCUGUAUGUAGCAACAAAGACCGAGAGCGCUGGGAGGGAAUUAGACGCGCCUCGCAGCAAACACUGCAGGAGAAGGAGAUCAGUGAGAAGGAAGCAGUCCCUGACAUCAUUACACGCAGAGACAACCCUUUCCUAAAUUCCUCUCGCCACGAGGAAGAGGAGGAUGGAGAGGAAGAGGGAGAAGAGGGGCAGGUUAAGGCGACGCCUAAUAAGCAGAAGGAUGACCUGGCUCGUAGGCGGGCUCAGAGUAAGCCCCUCCCUCACAGGGACGGACCAAUGAGCUUUGUUUCUGCCCCCAUGAGCCAGGCAGAUGUGCAGAAGUGGGAGAGACUCAAGAUUGCUGAACCCAGUGAGGCUAGCCCGGUCCCUGUGUGUCAGGCUUGUCUGGAGAAAAGUUAUGGAAGUCCUCUCAGCGGAUCAGCAAGAGCUGGACGGGGUCACAGCAAAGUUGUGACCUUUGGGGGCGUGACUGAGAUCGAGCAGCCAAUAGACACAGUCACGUCAAGUGAAGGGGAGGAGACGGAGUUGCUAAGACGACUCCUUUCCAAGGCAACUGUAGCCAUGCCUACCAUUGGCCUGGGCUCCCAGCUUUCAGAGCGGGAACGCAGCCAGGUAGAUGGCCUCAAUCAAACCUCUGCUGACCUCCCACCCUGCACCCCUGAAACCCCUCCGACUCCUGCUGAGCUUGAUGCACAACUGGCUCAGUAUGAACGGAGAACAGAAGAGGACGAGGAGGAGGAAGAGGAGAAGAUCCCAGAUGUUCAGAAAGACGACAUGAUGGCGAGGAGGACAGGAGUUUUCCAUAAACAAAGCAGCGCCACAGCAACUUACAACCGUUUCCUGCCUCUGCCCAGCACCAAGCGCUGCACACAAGGGGAGGUCACCACUGACGCUGCUCCGCGGAACAAAAGGGACGUGCAGGCAGACAGGAGCAAGAAGCUGAACGCCAGAGUGGAGCCACUCAGAGUUCCCAUGGAAACACCUGACACGACUGUGAUCCGAGCAACGUCUCACAGUGAACGUGAAUAUGAUGAUGAUGACAAUGAUGAGUAUGAUGAAAAUGAGCCUGUGCCUGACCUGGAGAAGGAUGAUAUGAUGACUCGAAGGACCGGAUCGUUCCAAAGUACAGCCAGAACAAAUCAGCCCAUCAACAAGUUCCUGCCAGUACCUGGAGCAGUUAAAUAUAACGUCGCCCCAGUGUCUGCAAUGAAGCCACUACUCAGAACUAAACUCACAGAGAGGAUGGCUUGUGAAAGCAGCAUCGUUACCGUGGCAGCAGAACCUCAGGCUCUGCUCUCCAAAGCCCCGACCCUCCCUAAGUGUGCAGGGCUGAGGAGGAAGAGGCAGGAGGAGGAUGGAAAGCAAGAGGGAGACAUGACAAUCUCAGACACUUCUGAGCCCCUCUCCUCUUCGUCGCCCACCCCUCCACCCAGUCCUGCUGCUGCCCCGGCUCGUAAAGUGGAGGCAGAGCUGGAAAAGCAGAGUGUGGAGGAGAGAGUUGAGGAAAAGGUGGAGGAGAGAAAGAAAGAUGUAGACAAGCAACCACGAAAGAAACCCUUCUGGCUGGAUGACGAUGAUCUACCUCCCAUCAUGAUGAGCCGGCGAGUUGCUUUUAUGUCUGAGGACACUGAGAGCGUGAGCAUGAGUGACAUGCUUAACGAGGAAGAGGUGGGAUACCUACCGCCACUGAGCCAAUCACGAAAUGAGCGCAUGCACGAACAGUACAACAACUUUCAGGAAGAUGACGACCACUGGCAAAGCGACUUGGCUCGUUGGAAGACUCGGCGUCGCAGCGCUUCACAGGAACUGAUCAAGAAAGAGGAAGAGAGGAAGAGGAUGGAGAAAAGGAUGAAGGAGGAGGGACGUGACAGCAACAAGAGGAAAAGCAUUAAAACCUACAAAGAGAUCGUGGAGGAGAAGGAGCGCAGAGAGGUAGAGUUGUGUGACGCCUACAGGAAUGCAGCGACUCCAGAAGAGGCUGCCAUGGUUUUACAGCGAUACGCUCUUCGCUUCACCAUCAGUGACGCAACACUGGACAGCCUAAAACUGCCCAGAUCCACUGCGAAUACCAAACAGGACCCUACUCAGGUGGACAAGGAGCACAAAACAACAUCACCUGUUAAUGAAACAUCAGAACGUCUGCACAAACCAGAACCACCUGUUAUAAAAGACCAGAGGCACACAGAACCUGAAGAGAUGGAGACACUUGUAACUGCUCAACAAGAGACGUCAGUUUCUGUCUCCUGCAGCUCCCCAACAGCUGGCAGCCCCCGCAGCCCAGUCUCAAACUCAGAAAAUGUGCCACCUCGGUCACUAGAACUGAAAGAACCUCAACCCAAACCGACGGAGUCUCAGACUACGCAACAAAAGCAACCGAUUACAGGAGACGCAAAGCCUCAAACCAAACACACUCCGCCUCAGAUUUCACUUGUGCAGCCUCACACCACAAAGCCUGGACACACACUCCCUUCUCCUCCAUCUGUAUCUCCCAGACCCGUCCCCCUGCUGGCAGCCAAGCCCUACUGCCAGCCCAGGAGCACACAGUCUGGACACAAACCUGUCAAGAUGGACGGGUUGGUGCGAGUGAAUGGAGAGGCGAUGGAGGAUUUAUCUGUUUCCUCUCCACCUGCCUCUGCUCGGCACUCGCCACCGGAGGUCAAAGACAUUCCUUCAGAGCAGACGGAGAAAGACGUUCCUUCCAAACUGACGCAGAAAGACGUUCCCUCAGAGCAGACGCAGAAAGACGUUCCUUCCAAACUGACGCAGAAAGACGUUCCCUCAGAGCAGACGCAGAAAGACGUUCCUUCCAAACUGACGCAGAAAGACGUCCCCUCCAAACAGACGGAGAAUGAUGUUCCCUCAGAGCAGGCUAUGACUAAUCAGGAGACGGUGGAGCAGACGCCACCUCCACAGACAGAAAGAUCAACCUCAUCUUUAGGCUCUGCCAUCAGCUCCCUGAUUGGAGGCCGAAACUGUACCAUCACGACUACUAUUGUGACAGAGCUCACACAUGUGGAGCCACAUCACCCGGAUAUCCAAAGCAAUGGACAGGUCAACGGUACUUCUGAGUUUCCUGGGAGUCCAGUGGAGGAGGCUCAGCCAGCAACAUCACCAAACAGCAUGCAGGAAUAUUCUCCCACUGUCUCAGAGGGACUUGAGGAGAGCAGUGUGACUAUUGAGACCCCCAUGUUGAACUUGGCUAAACGUGUUAAUCACUGGGUCUGGGACCCCAAUGAGGAGCGUAAACGCCUGGAAAGUUGGCAACAGGAGCAGGAGCGCCUCCUACAGGAGCAAUACCAGAGAGAGCAGGAGAAGCUGAAGAAGGAGUGGGAGAAAGCACAGCUGGAGGUGCAGGAGGAGGAGAGGAAACACAAUGAAGAGGAGAGAAAGAUCCUAGAGGAGACUGUAACACCCUUAAAUCCUGCCGGCUUGUUAAACCAGACAGGGAUGACUCCAUCAGCUCCAGAAAAUAACAAGACAGAAGGAGGAAGCGUUCCUCUACAGCAAAACGGCCAAAGAAGGGAAGGGAACGAGGAUCAGCAUGCAACCAAGCUGCAUUUUUUCCAGGAUACUGCAAGUGAUGGCGAACCUUUAAAGAAACAGGAAGUGUGGAAGACGGCCUCUCUGGACCGCAACCCCGGGCUAAACCAGCCACAUAUUGUUAAAAGGUCUGAAUCACAUGACGCUGUGAUAAACAAACAACAGCCCUCCCCUUCAUCCCCUCAGCCUCCCUCGCCCAGCAGAUGUGUUAGUGGGAAGAGACUCUGUUCUGGUUGCUCUCAACAACUGGGAAAAGGAGCCGCCAUGAUCAUCGAUACACUGGGACUGUUUUUCCACAUGCAGUGUUUCAAGUGUGGAGUGUGUGACGGGCAGCUGGGUGACGCCACCGUAGGGACUGACGUACGGAUUCGUAAUGGACUGCUGAGCUGUCAUGAAUGCUAUAUUGCAUCUCGGGGCAGAGGUCAGCCCACCACACUAUGAUGACCUGCAUUUGAACUGGAAACCCCCAACACUGUCCUCGUCUUUGACUGGACGGAGAAGACUCACAUUCUGGGAUACUCUGGAUAACUAUUGGAAUCGUUGUCUUCUUCCUGAAAAGCACAAACAGCUUUAUGGAUGCUACUGAGAGACGAAAACUGGACUAACAUGUGGACCGAGUGACACAACAUCACAUGCACAUUAGUACAGUACAGCGUGUGUGUGUGUGCUUAUUAACUGUACACGUGUAUACACUUUAACAUUUUAAUAUGCGUAGCAUGGAUGUAAUCAAGAAAUCAGUUUAGACCUUUGCACAUCCAUACUCAGCACAGUUAAGACCAUAAACUAAGGCUCCGUUCUGUCACAAGCUUAACAUGUUACGCUAAAAGCCGUCAGUCUCAAAGUCUUGGUUCAUUAACCCCCUGCUUCUGCACUGAUCAUGUGACUGGUUUGGGUUGGAUAACCGGAAGUAGCUUGACCAUUAUAAUGCCUUACUCAUCAUCAUACCUUCUCAUUCUUUUUGGAUUUUGUUGUUUACAGUUUUGCAUGAAAGAAGAACAUAUAUAAGUUAUUGUGAGUAUUGCUCAGAUGGAGUAGUGUGAGUUUGACGUACGUCGUUGUUAUCGUCUCAACAGCUGAACUUUAACUUUCCUCUUGUAUGUUGUACAUCAUCAUGAUAUUUUUGAACCUUUUGGGGGAAUCUGGCUAACUUACACAAGCUUGUUUCUUUAGAAUUAAUUUUACAGGAAUGAGAAUGCAUGUUUUUAAUUAUAUUAUUGUUGUUCUUUGGAUUUUUAAAUAUUUUCCCUUUAAGAUGUUUUAGCCUUUGUUUAUUCUCAUAGACUGACCGAAUCAGUGCCUUAUGUAAUGAAUGCGAGGGCUAGCGUAUGUGCAGGAGUAGUUUCACACUCACACGGACCUCUGGGUCUCGGCACAUGUGUGUGUGUGUGUUUGUAUGAAAUCAUGCAUGUAUAGGUAUGUAAGCAGUGUGUAUGAUUUGACUUGAAGCACAGUUCCAUACCAGCAAAAAACAUUUUAAAUGGAUCUCCUAAUCACCUGCUGUUCUCUUCCACCCCCUCCCAUGAGCUAAACCAAUGACACAAAGUGAAUUGCUGCUUCCCUGUUAAUUAUUCCUCCGUAUAAUGACGGUUUCACAGCGUCCUAUAAUCUCUCCUCGCCUGCCUCUCACAAGUGUUGCCUCCCCAGAGUCUGAGCUGAACGCCUCUGUCCUUUGUGUGGCAUCGCCUCUGUCUGAACACCUGACAGCGACUUCAUCACUCAGAGGAGUAGAGCGCUCAAUUCAUUGUCUUUUAUAGCAAGUGUAUGUUUAUCAAUAAAAUAUUUUAAAUGGGA